AUGGAGGCUGGGUUCGUCGACGUCCAGAUGACCAGGACCAAGUGGCCGAUUAACCCUUGGCCGAGGGACUACAAGUGGAAGGAAAUCGGCAUAUGGAAUAGCGAGAAUCUUCUCACCGGUAUCGAGGGCUUCUCCAUGGCCGCGUUGACCCGUGGUCAUAAGUGGUCUCGCGACCAGGUCGACCUCUUCCUCGUUCAGGUACGGAGGGAUAUCAAGGACCGAAUGAUUCACGGUUACUGGCCAAUAUACUUCAUCACUGGACGCAAGCCCGGUAGAGAAGAAUUUACACUUCCAGGACCCGCUCUCUCCGAGGCUGUCUCAUGGCCCUGA